UUCCAAGUCGUAAGGGCCGUAGAAAGUAGUGUCAAUAAAUGUGAAGAAAGGGCACCGGUAGUUUUACGUUUUGCAUCGUCGUGUUUUUCUAACGUUAAAUUUAAAGUGAUUAAGGUAAUCGCGAACUCCUUAGCGUAUUGGUUCGUGAAAGAUUUGUUAAAGUUUUUUAAUUGUUGCGUAUAUGCAGGCGGAACCGCGUGCGGGCGGUUCCCACGCGUCCGUGCAACAAGUGUCAGACGGUAGCGGCCGAUUAUAACGGACAAAUAUAACUAAUCGAAAGACACGUGUUAUUAUAAACACGAUUAGUGCAUGGUGUUUAUUGUUUAUCUUGUGAAUAUUUUCAAUCCCGGUGAGGAUGGGUUGUGCUGUAAGCACCACCGGAGACAAAGAAGCCGCUGAAAGGUCCAAGAAAAUCGACAAAGAUCUAAGGGCCGAUGGCGAGCGGGCCGCCAGUGAGGUCAAACUCCUCUUACUUGGAGCUGGAGAAUCUGGCAAAUCAACGAUAGUAAAACAGAUGAAAAUAAUUCAUGAAACUGGGUAUAGUAAGGAAGAAUGCGAACAAUAUAAGCCAGUAGUAUAUAGUAACGCAAUACAAAGUUUAAUGGCAAUAAUCAGAGCUAUGGGGCAACUAAGAAUUGAUUUUGCUGAUUCUAGUAAGGCUGAUAUAGCUCGGCAAUUCUUCACCCUAGCUUCAGCAGCUGAGGAAGGUGAACUUACUGGAGAGUUAGUGUUAUUAAUGAAAAGACUGUGGCAAGAUGCAGGUGUACAACUUUGUUUCACACGCAGUAGAGAAUAUCAGUUGAAUGAUUCUGCUGCGUAUUAUCUAAAUGCUCUUGAUCGUAUAGCACAACCUAAUUAUAUUCCUACUCAACAAGAUGUCCUUAGAACACGUGUGAAAACUACAGGAAUUGUGGAAACUCAUUUUUCAUUUAAAGGAUUACACUUCAAAAUGUUUGAUGUUGGUGGUCAACGGUCAGAGAGGAAAAAAUGGAUACACUGUUUCGAAGGUGUUACAGCCAUUAUAUUUUGUGUCGCUCUCAGUGGGUACGAUUUAGUCCUUGCAGAGGAUGAAGAAAUGAAUAGAAUGAUCGAAUCAAUGAAGCUAUUUGAUUCUAUAUGCAAUAGCAAGUGGUUCGUUGAAACGUCGAUUAUAUUGUUUCUUAACAAAAAGGAUCUUUUUGAAGAAAAAAUUGCUAGAAGCUCGUUAACCAUUUGUUUUCCGGAUUACAAAGGUGCUAACAACUAUGAUGAAUGUUCAUCUUUUAUUCAAAUGAAAUUUGAAAAUUUAAACAAAAGGAAAGAUCAGAAACAAAUUUACACACAUUUCACAUGUGCCACAGAUACAUCUAAUAUACAAUUUGUAUUUGACGCUGUGACCGACGUCAUUAUUAAGAAUAAUUUAAGCAAUUGUGGAUUAUUAAGCUAAGUGUUGCAAUACUCCAUUAUUUUAUUAAAUGUAAAAAAAUCUUUCCAAAUGUUGGAACAACAAUCAAUUUAUAGACAUGACAAAAGAGAGACUGUAUUAAAACUGUAAAGAAAGGGAGGGGAAAACAGUUUAUUAUCAUGUAAACACAUGUACUAAUCUCAUAAGACUUUUACUUUGACAUCUCAUUAACAUUUAGUAUAUCCUAUAUUCUUUUUUUUUUAUUAGGUAUUUUUCCUUGCUAGAUCCUAUAUUUUUUAACACAAUAUCUUUUUGUAUUAUUAUCUAUCGACAAUGAGUCACUUUUAGUUUCAUCUGUGAAUUUAAUUCCGGGUUAAUGCGCGCAAUAUAUAUAAUAUAUAUAUAUAUAUAUAUUCAUCAAUAUAUAUAAAUAUACAUAUAUAUCUAUAAUAAUCACACUCGCGAAAUUGUUAAUUUAUAAUUAAUCUGGAUUUGUAAUAAUCGCUUUUUUUCCUCAUCUAUAAAAGGAUAAAGCGCGCAAACGGAAGAUCUUUUAAUUUUGUAUUAAUUGUGUAUUUAAUAUUGAGAUCAGGAUCUAGUUACCUAUUAAUCUAAGACUUUCUUUGCAAGUCAACAACGAAUUUUACAUUGAUUUAUUUAAACAUAACUAUGUAAGUUUAAAUAAUAUCAAUGUAUCAUUUCAAUAUGUGUUAUUGCAUCACAAACGAAUGCUGUGUGCAAAAUUAAUUUAAAAUCAUGAAAGAAUAAAACACAAUCGUUAUGUAAUUAAUAGUGUGCGACAAUUUUUCCUCAAAAAUUUGUAAACGACAUCUUCGAUAAAUUUAGUUUUUUUUAUGAAGGGAAAAUACAAGAAACUCACAUCGUCAAUGACUUUAUAAAAUUAAUAAAAUUGAAUGGAAUGAAUAAUGAUGUAUAUAAAUAUACCUAAAUGGAUUUACAUAUUAAUAUAAAUGUCGUGAUAUUGAAAUAAUUUUUUAUACUUAUGACAUAUCCGUGAUGCAUUGUUUGAACACUGCCAUUUGUUGAGUCAUUCUUGUACUUUCUGCUUCUGAUGUCAUCAUCAAUUCAAAAUGAUUAAAAUGCGGCUCGUGUGAGGAAUCGUUAUAUAUCGGAUGUAUUCAUUUUUGUACAUAAUUUAUUUGCUAAAAUGGAUUAAUAUGUUCUAACUAAAAGCAUACUCUUUUCCGGAUUUAUGUUCACAGCCAUUUACAUUGCUUUACACAUGAUCUUAAUUUUUUUUUUUGACAGGCACAGCGCUUUGUGUUUACAGUAUAUUUAUAUAUAAAUUUUUCAUACACAUACGCACAUAAAUUUCGUAAAACAGAUUUUAUAUAUAUAUAUAUAUAUAUAU